GCAUGCAGCUCAGCUAGCUGCAGCAAGAAAAAUCGUAUCAAGUCGAAGCUAGAACUGAGCUCAACAGUUUUUUUCGGAAACUUGUUUGAAAGGACCUGGUGAUAUUGACAUUGCAUCGACUUGAUCAAGUACCAUUUGCAUCAGACAGGUAGUGAAAAGAAAAAGUGUGCAUCAUGCCGAAGCGGCGGCAAGGACUGAUCCUUUAUGACACAAUCUCAGUGAAAUCCCAAAGCGGUGACUGCAACAUUCAGCUCUGUUUUGGGGACAUCACAAAACUCAAGCAAGAGGAUAAAGUGGAUGUCAUUUUUGUGUCUUCUUUUGGGAAUAACUAUGAUAAGAUGCCAGGCACCGUUAUUGGUGCUUUGUAUGAAAACUUGGGCAUUGAUGUAAGGAAGCUAGCUGACGAUAAGGAAGAAGACCUCAGAUCUCUUUAUUCAUGCUGGUGGUCCAAACCACUACCUUCAAAGAUACCCUACAAUAGACUUCUUUGCUUUGAAAGCAGGAGACGUCGUGCAGGGCGCCCUCAAGAGUUAGUCGGCCAUGCCUUCCGAUGCCUGGUCCCUAUCCUAAAGAACAAAGAUGCAAGUGUCAUCACUCCCUUACUCAGCACUGGCAAUCAGGGCUAUGACCCUCGGGUGAUGUUGGAGGGGAUGAUCCAAGCAGCGAUCAGCUGGGUCAAGGCCGGACUUCCCAUCAGGCUCCUCAAGAUCGUCGUCUACGCGACCAUCAAAGAUGACGGAGAGAUCAACUUCCUCCGAGGGGCGGAUCGCGACAUCCUGGACAAGUUUGAAGAGCUCAAGUCGAGAUACGAGUCUGCUAAUCUUAUCCCACAGGAGGUGACCUUGGAGUACGAUGUGUACCUGUCCUUCAGCGACAAGGACCAGGAGAUUGCUGAUAAGAUCCAGGCUCAGCUCCUGGAGGAGAAACCAGACAUCCGUAUCUUCACUGCCAGACAGAAGGUAGAUACAGAGGUCUUCUGGCAGGAGCAGAUGUAUGAGUGGGUCUCCAAGUCUGCCAGAGUUGUCACAGUCCUCAGCUCCAACUACCUGGCUUCAGAAUCCUGUUUGGAACAGUACAAUAUAGCCCUCUGUUGUAACAGGCAAGCGCAUCGCAAUCUUCUGGCGCCAUUUUUUGUGGAGACCGUGACCCUCCCGACUUACAUGGGUCUUGUGCAGUACGCAGACUGCAGGGAAAACAUGGACUCUAGCAUUGCUCAGGCAUGCAGACAAUUGGUCAAAUCACUCACGGCCACAGACAAAGUGGUCAAGGUUGCCUCUACGGAUCCCUACCACUACGAUGUCUUUGUGUCGUAUUGCCAUGCCGACACAGACCGGGCCACGCCCCUCGUCAACCGCUUGAAGAAGCUAAACCCCAAGCUUAAGAUAUUUUAUGACAUACAGGAGCUGAAGACUGGUCAUGAAUGGCAACGGACACUGUACCACUCUAUUGAUGGGUCAUCCUGCAUGAUCGCUCUCAUAUCACCCAAGUAUCUCAGAUCAGCUGUGUGUAUGGAGGAGUAUAGUCUAGCCCAAGUCAAACAUCUCUCACAAGAUCCUCUUCACCUGAUACCAGUCUGUAUCUGUGACGGCAUCGAGGAGGACUUUGCCAAGAUAUCACACAUCCCCAUGUUAGAUGCUCGCCCUGGUGCCUAUGACGACGCUGUCAACAGCAUCUGCUCUGCUGUGGUGUCUUGGCUCGAUACCAGCUCAUUCCUACACCUUGACACACUACUCACCAAGAAUCCAGACAAUCAGGUGAACAUCCCGGAUAUGAUGGAGAAACUGAGAGCAGCACGGUUCUGGGCUGAAUACAGGAAAACCAUUAUAUCUGUGAAGAUAUUCCCACCUACGAUGGAUAAGCUAACAGAUGAUGAAGAUAGGACCACGGCCAAAGAAAUUUGUGAAGAUGCAGAGGGAGAGAAAAAGAACAACAAGGAAGAGGAAAUGAAGGAAGAUACCUGCAUUGAAGGGGGUCUAGAUGGCAAAGAAGAAGCUAGGAAUAUCUGCAAAGAUCUCCAGGGUCUUGAGGUGAAAGAUGGAAAGAAGGACACAGUGAAAGAUGAAGAAAAUGAAGCACUGCCCGAUGAACAGGAAAAGACGUUAGUGAAUGUUGGUGUUGCUGAGAAAGCAGACAUGGCUGUUAAAUCUGCACUCACGCACAGUGGUGCUGGAAGUGCAACAAAAUCAGAGAAGACUUCCAAGUCGGAAACUGUUGUCAUUAGCUACCACCAGACUGACAUCAAGUUCGUCCACUUCCUCAAGGAGCUCUUCAAGACGUAUGUCCCUAACCUUGUUCUCAAGUCUGAAUUUGAGACAGAGCAGAUGAGACUUGAUAGCCUUGAGGAAGCAGAUGCUAUCAUCGCUCUCCUGUCGCCGCAGUACAUUGAGUCACCACAGCAUGUCGAGGAGUUCCACAUAGGUCUUUGGAGGCAGCGCGUAAGCCCUGAGGAAGCACCUCUCCUUGUUCCGGUCCAGGUGGCCCUCCUGCCAAAGCGGCCCACCUACUUCCAGCUGGUGGGGUACCCAGUCAACACCUGGGACGCCAUGUGGGCUGAUCUCUUGGGGAUUCAGGACAUCAGAUCACCUGAAGGAAUUGACAAAAUACGCCAUGAUAUUGGUAAAGCCAACUUGCCAAAGGUGUCCCCAGAUGAGCUACACCCUCUGACUGAAGCUGCUCAGGUUGUCAUAUCCUCGAUCAAAUCAAGGAGGAAUAUCACCGUUGAAGAUCCACCUCGUGUUCGGCCAGCCCUUGUGAACACUGUCAAACUACAGAAUGAGCUUGCAACUCUCAAAGAAGAUUCUGAAUGCACAUCAGUAUUAGAUCAGUAUCUGGUUUCUGUGCCAAUUUAUGAAGGAGAGGCCUCACCCAGUAAGACUUGUACCAUCUUGUGAAGAAAAAAAAAAGUGUAUGAUAAAAGGUGAAAGGUCAGCAAUAGGUCGCUCAUUGCACAGCCCUCGCUAUGCAGCAUUAGAACUUCAUCAUCGGGCAGAGGAAAUGGCUGGCUUUUUAAUCAUGAAUCCAUUGUGAUAUUAAUUGAUAUUGUAAUUAUAUUUUGAAUUGUUUGAUGAGAGAAAUGAGUUGAGGGAGGAGGAGAAGAAGGAUUGGAAGACCACUUCAAGCUUUCCCAUUACACGUAAAACUGGUUUCAUCUACACUGGUUACCAUUAUUAAGCUAGUUAAGAAAGUAGAUGAGGACCUGGUUAUACUAACUGUUCAGAAAAUGUGAUGUGUUGAUUUUUUCUAUGCCACAGCUUUAAUACUUUGAUUGGUGCUCACUUAAUAUUAUAAAGAGUGACCGUGAACUCGCCUUGCUUUGAUCAAAACAUGACUUCUAAUUUACAUGAAGUAUGCAUUUUCUUAAAUUGUAACACGAUAUUACAUAUUCAUGUGUCUAUUUGAUUGCAUAACUGUAUAACUGAACUUGACUGAAAUAGAUUUGAUGACAUAUCUUUAUAAUGAUUAGCAUAAUCAUAAUUGGUACAUUAAUACUCAAAGCCAAACACAAGUAUGUUGUAUACCUAUAUGAGGAGCAAACUGUCGUUUGUAAAUUUGCUCAUAACUUAAGAACAGCUUUAUGAAACACCCACAUACUAGGUUAUUGUCAUAUAUUUACUGAGAGUAGAAGAUGGAGAGAUGAUGAUUUCAAAUGGGGAUUAAAAGGUAAGAGAGAGAUAGGCAAGCAAGUAUCGUUUAGUGCAAGAUGAUUUUUUUGAAAAGGAUUCAGUGACCAAAUUUUACUUUCUUUUUUUAGGCUUGCAAUGUCCAAUCAUAGUUGUAAAAUGAGGAAUAGCAAUUUCAUUUCUUUGACCAAUUCUGCUAUUGGGAUCAAUUCUAUUGCAUGAAUAUUGAAAAUGUAACAUUAAUCAUGAACAUGUUGCAGUUUAUAAAAUGUUAUUCUCUAUUAUUUGUCUUAGUGCCAAACUAACAUAGUUAACCGGAUACAUAUUUUGUGGAAAUAUUUUGAGGACUUUUAUUUGAGAAGAAUUGUAUUUUUAGAAAUUCUUAGAAUUUUCUUGAAAAAGUUAUACCAACUUUAUUCAUAAAUCCAUUGAUGUUAACUUAUACUUGUUGUCAUAAGAGUGGAUACCUUUCUCAUAUUAUACAAAUAUUAGAGUUGAUAUUGUAUGUUUUUCUUCAGAAGUAUACUCAUUUCAAAGUAAGGAAUAAUUUCUUAAUCGGAUAAUUGAAAACUAUGAUUAUACCAGUGAAUCACAAUGUAAUAUUUUUAGUGUGUCAGGUUUUGGUUACAUUUUUGAUAAAUGUAUGUAUUUGUUUCUAUUAGUUGUUGGUAUUUAGUGCAAUAACAGAUUUUUUUAUAUAUAUAUAUUUAAAGUAUAUUUUUACUGUUAGUUAAUAUCUCAAUUAAUGUCAAAUGUCACAAUUAAUGUUGAUGUCAGUUAAUGUCACAAUUUCACUUUAUUACUAGGUAAUAUGAAUGUUUAUGCCCUAAACAGUUGGGAUGUAGAGGAUUAUGACUUGAAUUUGUGCUUUUCAAGGUAAAUUUUGCAAUUUUACAUAAGUAGUUUAUCUUUAUAUAUAGGCCUACAUGUAUACACACACAUAUAUACCUAUUAAAUUGGCUGGAAAUGUCAGGAUGCAGUAUUUGUCUCCAUCGGUCUGAUACCCACUCAUGUGAAGUACAUGCUCAACGGGCGCAUUUCCAGAAGGCUCUAAAAAUUAUUGAGAAAGUAUGAUGAAAUUGAAAUAUAAACAGAAUUUCAAAUUGUUCACAAAUCUGUCUGAAAUAAAAAAAAAACUUAAGGGAUGGGGAAAUUCGUAAAUAGGUGUUAUUAAUUAUAACAGGAAAGAAGGAUGAAAAACAUCUGGGCCGAUGACACAAAGCUUAGCAAUCAUCGCACAACAUUUUUAUUUGCGAUUGAUUACAAUGACUACAGUAUACAAUCAAUUGUAAAAAUCAAGCGUAUGAUUAAUCACUUACCUUUGUGCUGCGUAACCCAAGGCUACAUAAAAGGUUUACGAUCAAUCCCUAUAGGCAGUGCCGGUCAAGAUUACAUGCUUGUUGCUUUCCAACGCUGACCAGAAACCAGUCAGAAUUGUUUUUGUGACACAGGGCCCUGAUCAGAGGAAUAUCACACCUGCCAACCAGUACGUUUUUACAACCAAAAUACGGCAGCACGUUUUUUCUUUAAAAAAUAUUUUUGGUUAAAAAGAUUGUAAUUUAUUCAGAAAAAUCAUCUCUAUAUGUCUCUGUUUCAUAAAACUUACACAAAUAUGGUUAUAAGAUCAAUGUAAUUUCAGACAACUUGGUUUUAUUUUCAAUCAUUUUGUUAAAACCAGGGUGAGAUAUACACAUGUUUCAAUGUUUUUUUUUCAUCUGCAAGAGCAGUGCGCAUUGUAGCUUUCAUACAGCUUGAGCGCCACGCAUUUUAUUAUGAAAUACUCUUUUUGGGGGGAAAAUACAGUUUUUUUUAACACAGAAUACAAUUUUUCAUUCCCAGAGGUUGACAGGUCUAGAAUAUCAUAAUAUUUAAUGUUAUCAAUCUUGCUGCAUAAUUUGCUCCAAGGCAAUAUUUGAAAUCAGAUGUAAGCUAGCUUUCUACUUUAAUGUACCUAGAGAUCCAGCAAUGAUCCUCAUCUAUCUAAUAAUAGCUGGAUUUUUAAAGCGCUGCUAGUAUUACAUCGGCUAUAGCUGUACUGCCUACUGGUGCUUUAGCUGGCAUUGGAGGAAUUGCUUCCUGCCUGGUACCCAUUCUCCUCACCUGGGUUGAGUGCAGCACAAUGUGGGUAAAUU